CAGAGUGUUAAGGUGUUUGCCUGAGAGCAUGAUCAAAGCUUGUGAAUUUUUCCCACCAGGCAGCAAGGUCAUUGCUGAACAUGUCAUUUCGGGAUGUUAUUGAGGAAGUGCCUACUGGUCGGGAACCUCCACACAAUGUGAACUGUGAGCUCCAUCAUUCUGAAGAUGUGGGAUAUUCUGCUGAUUGCCAUCCUCCAGCAGAUGGCAUGCCAUUGCCAUGUCCCAGCAGUAAUCACUCUGUGAUCAUUAUUGAUUCGGAUGAUGAAUCGGAGAAUGAGAUCAUGGACGUGAUUGAGGAAGUGCCUACUGGUUGGGAACCUCCGCACGAUGUUAACUGUGAGCUCCAUCAUUCUGAAGAUGUGGGAUAUUCUGCUGAUUGCCAUCCUCCAGCAGAUGGCAUGCCAUUGCCGUGUCUCAGCAGUAAUCACUCUGUGAUCGUUAUUGAUUCGGAUGAUGAAUCGGAGAAUGAGAACAUUUUGGCUCCUGCAGAUGUGGACAUGACAGAGAAAGGGCCAACUGGACAAAUAUCACCACCCAAUACGAGCGAGCAUUCACAUGCUGAAGGUGUUGGCUGUCCAGCCGACAGCCAGGCUGCACCAGGCAACGUGCUGGCCCCAUCUCCCGGAGGUGAUCGCUACAGUGUUGCUGUGGAGUGCUUACAGCACGCAACUGAUCACACAUAUGCUUUGACUCCGCCAGACAUGGACAUAACGGAGGAGGUGCCUUCUGGUCGUGCAUCACCGCAUGGCAGUGAAAAGUACGCACAUUCUUAUAACAGGUGUGCAGCCAGUUCUCGUCAGUGGCAGUCUCCCCCACGUGUCCUGUCGGCCUCAUCUACCAGGGAUGACCAGUCCCUUGCAGUUGAGGAGUUUCCAGCUUGUUCACUUGAUGAGGAGGCACUGCAUUUUUAA